AUGUUAGUCUGCAGUUCGGGUGAAUAUAAGCAGACUUUCACAAAAGCGCCGUCUUUCCUGGAAUACCCGUUACCUGAAGGCCUUGCGUUGGAAUCUAACUCGCAGGUCCAAGUCUCUCUCAGCUCGUUCCCAUGGUCCGGACGCGUCUGGGCGAGGCAGUAUUGCGCAGCCGGCGGAUCGAACUGUGUUUUAGGUGACUGCGGUCACCCGAGUUGUUGGGGUCGUUCAUCUGCCGACACUACGCUGUUUGAAAUCACCGCACAGAAAGACAAGAUGUAUUACGACAUCAGCCUAGUCGACAGCUUUACAUGCGGCGUUCACGUUGUGCCGGACGACCAAGACUGCGAAGCGAUCGCCUGCAUAGCCCCGCCCUACCUCGGCAUCGAUCCCGAGGAUCAGUCACUGGUAUGUCCCCCACCCAACCUGAUCACUGAUCCGAGGACAGGUGACGCGCCCAUCGGCUGCUAUUCCAACUGUGCUGUACACGAGACAGACGAGUAUUGUUGCAGGGGUAUAUACGAUGCGACGACCUGCAAGGGUAACAAUCCGUGGUUUAAGGAGACGUGUCCGGACGCAUAUAGCUACGCUUACGACGACCAAGACGCCACAUUCACGUGUGGCUUUCGCAAUGUGACGAUAUAUUUUCACUGUUCAUUGGAUCCCCCAGGGGUUUUCUACUGCAGGCUCGCCGAUGUAGGCCAUGGUACAUAG